AUGGCUCGUACAUCAUCUGUCUCGCCAUCAAUCACGCGUACGCCUCAAGUCAAGGCUUUAGUAGCAGCAUCGUGGCCUAAAGUAAGUGAUCGUAGUGCACCUACGUAUGAGCUGGGCGAUUUGCUGCUCUCUUCCUUUAAGUUGGCGCCCGUGCAACCCACACAGAGACGUACGAAGCGAUCACAAAGCCACGGUGUGAUGAUAUUAGAAGGAAGUCUAGCGUUGAUCUCAUGGAUCACUCUGCUGCGUGGAGGGCUGCCGCGGCGUAUAUACGAUCUAGUAGGCGGAAUUUUCUUGGUCUCGAGUGCGGGCAUCUGCUACCUGAGUGUUUGUCACUUGCUACGAAAAGUUUCCAGCACAAAAUACAUAAGCGAGCUGCUUCUAGACCGCUCCAAUCCACGCUCGUGGCCCCGAGAAAAGCGUCGAUUAUUUCUAGAGGUCUGUACAUGGAUGGCGAUUGUAUUAUUGCUAUAUAUAACGACACACUCUAGCUGGAUUGCCAUCUUAGCAGGAGCAUUGGUGGCAGCUGUACUUGCUUUCGUAAGUGACUUUUUAGCAGCAAGUCUAUACUUGCUCGAGACGAAACAGGAACCACAACAUAUGAAAAGUAUCGGGGGUAUGCUUUGGCUGAAGGUUGCUCUCUCUUAUGGGUGCGUUGGGUACAUCAUAUCUGAUACAGGGAGAAUGCUUCAUACUUACGUCUUUGGACAAGAAGAAACGAAGCAACAACUCGAGUCACUUCAUCAAUUGGUUUUUAAUUAUCUGCUUAUAACUCUCGUGGGCGCCUCACUCAUUAUUGCGAGUGAAUUACUACUCUUAUGUACGCCAACUCGACGAGCUGGUAUUGUUCUUCAAAGUCGGAUAGUAGACGCUCGAAAGAAUUGGGAACAACACUCGUUACGGUCGCUAGUUGAAGUCACAGGAACUUUUGGCACUACGAUCCUAUAUUAUAGCUCAACAAGAGAUAUGCUCGUAUCGUUGCAGCUUGGAACUUGCUGUGGCGUCCUUCUUAUCUUAGGGAGCGAGCUCUUGGCCUCAGCAUGUACGUCACAUUUCGUGAGUCCACCUAGUCCACAAGCUGCCGUGGAGAUGCCGGCAGACCAUUGGGUCAAGCUUAUUCCUGUAAUUGUCAUGAUGCUUUACUUCGCCUUGCAACUUUACGCUGCGAUCGUGCGUGCUGCAAAUCAACCAUCAAGCUCGUUAGUUUUGAUGUUAUGCUUCGUGGCCAUAGCUGCAAUUAUGCUCACUGGUCUCGCGUUAUCCGGCAGAAAACCGUCUUUACUGGAAGUAACUCGUUCUGGAAGACGAUUAGCAGCUAAAAUUUGUGUUGGGCUUAUCACACUUAUCGCACCUAAAGUCUCUUAUGGAUGGUCUGGAGUGAUCUUCUCUUGUGUGCUCUCCGCAUUUUGUAUCGCGUUUUCGCGCGAAUGUUGGGAUGAUAUCGAAUUGAUCGACGAAAUGGUUCUUGAGAAUAUUGGAAGGCCGCCAGAGGGUACAGAUAUAGUUUCAACUUUAAUUGUGAAUACAGCUUGGAUGACCGAUGUCUCGCAUUCGUGGUCUACUCGUGUUCUAAGCUUUGUGAAAGCACGAUAUUUUCAUUUUUAUAGACGACUUAAAUGGACAUUUGUGGGUAUCAUGGUCGUAUCGACACUAGACAUUUGUUCGACAUUCUUCGCUGUCAUUCAACAGGAUAGAUUGUCGUUGUCACUUUCGCAGUAUUCCGCCAUUAAUGUUGUGGUGUCAGCAUCCGUCGGAUAUUUGACGAGUCCAGCUCCGCACGAGUUACAUCCUGCAGAACUGCUGUACACUGGUGUACAGCAAUUUAAGAACAAAUGGGUGAUUUUUCCACUUCACAUGUUUGUCGAGGCGCUAGUGUUUCUUGGAGUUUUUGUGGGAACUUUUGCAGCCUCGUCCACGGUAUUCAGCUCCAUCACACUAGCUGCGCUUUCAGGAUUGGUUGUCUCUGUGGGGGGUCAUUGGCUCUGCUCACAUCUCCAAUUAACUGUUGAGACGCACAUGCGGAUGCAGCUAACUGCGACGUGUGCGUUGCUCUUCUGUUUGUUUCUAAUCACAUACGCUUCGAUGAUAUCGCUCUUUUCUAUUUAUCACUAUUUUGACAGUAUUGAGGCGGCAUUCUGUCUCGCAUCUCUUGCUGGUAUUUUCUUUUUGGCAGCAAGCGAAUUGUUUUUAAUGUGGGAACCAACUCGUGAAAUUGGUUUGCUGUUGCAACGUCGGGUGACAAACGCUAGCGAAAACUGGCAACAGGAGCCUUUGCGUUCGUUCUUGGAGCUCUUCACGUGGUUUGCAGUCAUUUGUGGUUCGUUUGCAAUGUAUGAUGAUCUCGUGUUGGCACUUCAACUUGGUACACUUUCUGGAAUCGCAGUCACCCUCUCGGGCGAGUUCUUUCGAAAAAAUCGAUCGAAAUUUAUUCCUUGGGGCAAGGAUUAUCUUGCUGAUGAAAAAAGAGUUGCAGCCCCGCUUUCUCCAGUUGGAGGUCUUGUUGGUGAUCCUGAUCGUGCGCGACCACUACCUGUAAUGCUUUUGUUUGCAUACAUUGGGUCAGGUACUUUUCAUUGGAUAUUUGAUAAUAUGCGAAGUCUUGAAGUCACGGUGGGCUGGUGUGAUCUUACAAGACCGAUUUAUCAAUGUAAAACAAAACUGGCGCGAAUACCCAUAGGUACUCUUUCGGGAAUACUGGUAACACUUGGCGGAGAGCAGCUUCGAAAUUGCGCACGAUCAAUACCGCUAAAUGAAUCAGAUCGAGAAGUACUGGAGAAAUCCCAAAUUUUGCCCCUGCCGGUAAUGGGUCUUUUGGGUCUCGUUGGGGCUGUGGCUUUUAACAUUAUUUAUACGCACCUUCGCCGUAUCGAAGUGGCUUUCGUUCUCGCAACUACUAGCGGUGUUAUAUUUGCUCUUAUUGGUGAUAUGUUUGUCAUCUGGACGCCCACACGCAAGGUCGGUAUGAUUCUCCAAGAGCGUUUGUUGUUCUUUAAAAUGAAUUUUACUUGUCAUACAUGCCGAUCAUGGAUGGAAGUAGCUUCGCUCUGUUGCGGCUGGUAUCUAUCGUACAAUCUUAUAUGGCCCGAAGAUCUUUUGAUUGCUAUCCAAUUUGGCACUACGACAGGUAUUCUCGCAUGCGUUUCUGGAGAGCUGACGAUGGAGUACGUUGCGAAAGCUGAACGCAGGUUGAUAGCGAAUGCCUCAGCAAAGCUAGCACAAAAUCUCCAGAAAGACAGCCUCUUUUUUAGCCUUCCGUAUGAAAUUCAGUUUAGAGUCGCUCAUUUUUUGACUGCUGAGGAUCUUUUAGUGGUGCGAGCCACGUGCUCUAGAGUAAAUAGCAUGUUGAAAGCCGAGUCUGCGCGUUUCUGGCUGCAUGCAAGUCUCAGGCGAACUAAGCGAGAUCAGCGAGGACGCACUCGAGAUCAUGAAAUAAACCAUCGAAUGGGAAAUCGUGCCCGAUCGCUCGUGUAUGAAGCCAUUACGCUUGUGCUGCCCAUGAUUGUCGGAACCAGAAACCCGGCUCAAAUUUUGACGUCUCGCAAUGAAGUCAACCGCGCGCUUAAGUGGGUUUAUCUAAACGCCAAUUGGAUUCGAAAGCAGAACCUUCCUCCAAUGCAUAAUGAAACUGAGAUUGGUGGCAGCACGCUUAUUGUUUUAAAGGCUGGCGAUAUAGCAUUUGAUGUAUUCCGUUACAUGCCUGACAAGAGCUCUCUCGGAAUUAUCAUCAACCGUAAUGAAGACUUUGCAAUCGAGCAGGUCCAUGUGCCUUUAAGUGUUUAUGACAUGAUUCAACGGGAUCCUUUUAGCUUUGUGGCUGCCGAGACCCUUUCAACGCUGGAAGUGUUUUCGACUUGGCACUUGACAGUGGUAGCGUUUGCUGCAAUGACACUCAUUUUCAUCGGACAAAUAAUAAAUGAUCUCCUUCGGGCUUACAUGAUGGGGAGUGAAACAAUUUGGAUAUAA